AUGGUUUCAGCGGUUGGUUUUUUUAUUAUUUUGAUAUUAUACAUUUUUUUGGUUCUAACACUGCUUUCUGUUUUUCAAAAACUUGGGACACUAGUUUUUUAGCGCUCUCCUGAUUGACUACUAUUAUUCCGUUUCUCUAACCAUUUUGCUGAGAGAAAAGAGCACACAAACAGGCUAGACUUCCUCAAAUCAUGCCGAUUUGACUUUUUUUGCAUUCUCAAGUUCCAGACCUCAAUUCUUUUCCUCACACUCGCCGCACUAGUUGCUGCGGCUCCCACUCCGCCGACUUCAACUAUUUCCAAUCAGCUGGGUCCGAACCGAAAUGGCUUGAACAAUGGGCAACAGCGUGAGUCACUUUUUUGACUUUUGGGAAAUGAUAAUUGAUUUUCAGCAAGUUCUGGUAACCAAGGCUUUGGAAAUCAGGCAGGCCAAAAUAAUCAAGGCUUCGGAAAUCAGCCAGGCCAAAACGGACAGAACUACGAACUGUACAACCUCGGAGGCCAGCCUGACAUAAAUGGAAACUAUGGAUCGAGCCAGAAUGGUUUCUCUGGUCUUGGACAAACAGGAUCGAAUGGAUUUCCUGGACAGAAUGGCUACAACGGAAACUUCGGAUCAAGCCAAAAUGGUCAGAACAGUCAAAACGGCUUGUCUGGUCUUGGACAGAACGGAAUGAAUGGACCUUCAGGGCUCUCCGGUCAGAAUGGGUUCAACGGAAACUUCGGAGCAAACCAGAAUGGCUUCUCCGGUCUCGGACAGAACCAAGGCUUGAACGGCUUCUCCGGUAUUGGACAGACUGGAUUCAACGGACCUUCCGGGCAGAAUGGACUCAAUGGAAUCUUUGGCUCCAGCCAAAACGGUCAGAAUAGCUUCCCUGGCAUGUCUGGACUCGGACAAAAUGGAUUCAACGGAAUCUAUGGAAUAAACCAGAAUGGCUUCUCCGGUCUCGGCCAGAACGGCUACAACGGAAUUUUCGGUUCCAACGGCAUCUCGGGCCUCGGACAGAACCAAUACAACGGAAUUUCUGGCUUGAAUGGCUUGUCUGGCCUUGGUCAGAACGGUUUCGAUGGAAACUUUGGAUCGAACGACUUCUCCGGCUUGUCUGGUCUUGGCCAAAACGGAUUCAACGGCAUUUAUGGCCUGUCUGGACUUGGCCAGAACGGCUAUAACCAAAACUUCGGCUCUAACAGCCUUUACAGUUCCAGACUCUCCGGUCUCCGUGGCUUCAACGGUCUCUCUGAAUACGGUGAGUCUUUUUCGGAGAUGAUUAUUGAAUUUUUUAAAUGUCCUUCACGGAGAAGUAUUUUUCUAUGAUCAACCAUUUUUCAUAAAACGAGAAGAUUUGAUUUCUCGAGACCUGGUUUCUAUUCAAGUCAGCUUUUCAGGAAACUCCGGCCUCUCCGGACUCGGUCAGAACUACGGAUCCAACAGCUAUCCAGGAUCUAGCCUGAGAAAGUUCCUGGAGCUCAUCGGUCUCAGUUCUUCCGGUUUCCACGGCCUUUCCGGCCUCAACCAGUACGGAAGCAGCGGUCUCAAUGGUCUCUAUGGCCAGUCGGGACUUUCCGGCCUUAACUACAACCGCGGCUUUUCCAACUACGGCCAGAAUGGAUUGAACAGCCUCUACGGAUCCGGCUACGGUCAGGAGUCGGUCUUCGGCAAGAAAUAA